AGCGGUUCUCCACGCUUAUGUCGCCCCAGAGUUGCUCAUGCUCACAACUCGAGCUCAUGGUCGUGGCUGCAUGGAAAUAUCAAUGUCGUCGCGGGGCGGUCGCACACACGACACACAGGAACGGCGCACGUGAAAAAUCGUUCGUUUUUGCGCCCAUGAGAAAGAGAAACUUUAUCUUGAGGACUUCUCUGCUAGCUGAAACUAUUCGCCGUGUACACUUGCUGUACUAGUAGCUUUACCUUGUUCUUGUCGGCCCAUAGGUAUUUUUCUCGAAUUCGCCUUGUUUUCUUUAUCUUUUGCUUUUUUAUUGUUUCUUCAUCUUCUAUCUUGCAUUCAGCCUGCUAGCUGCUAUUUCUGCUCGUGCACACGUUUUCACGUAGUUUUCCCCAUGUAAGUACCUACUGAGCAUUUUUGAGAUACAAACUAGGACGAAAAUGCCGAGAGGUGAAGAUCACUAUCAGUCUCCGCCCGUUCCAGGCUAUCAUGCGCAGGUCGUCGAUGAGGAGGCCUCGUGGGGCCGCGAGGACGUUCACUUUGAAAAGGCACAGCGGCAGUCGCGGGACAUGGGGAAGCUGCGGCACUUUCUGAAGGAACGGACGGAGCAGGUGCGGCAGCUGCAGGACCACGCCAAAGGGGACGAAAAGGAGUUUUAUCGGAGUGCGAUGGCGGCUGCCCAUGUCUACAUUACCGAUCAAGAAAUCGACACCGCCAAACGACAGCUCGAUCAAGUGCUGGCGAGUAUGGAAUCGUCCAGCGGUGCAGCUUCUAGUAACCGCAACGCGGCGGAACCCAGCCCUGGUCACCUAAGUGGGCAAGGGUCUGCUCAAGCCCGCGGCUCUGCUGCCUCAGCAGGGUCGGAAGGCGUGCAUCGAACGACACUGCAUAACAACUUGCGGCGUGGAGCGAAAGAGCCUGAAGGGGAAGGAGCGCCGUCGGCGUCCUCGUCGCGAGUGUCACAUGGAACAAGUGACCUUUCUUCAAGUGCAGCCGUAAGAGGAGCAUCAGCCGCGGUAUCACCACCAGGGCAACAAGAACUACGAUCUUCAGACACCGCCGAAGCCGACUUGCAAUCUGCGCGAGCGUUUGCACCACCGAACCCAGCAAAUAGUGCAGCACGGGCUGGGAUGAUGAACUAUGGAAAUCGAAAUGCGCAGAGACUGCUGUUUCAAGACGGAGGGUCAUCGUCGUCUUCUUCAUCAAACUCCCAGCGGAAUCUGGCGCAAAAGCAGUAUGGCGACCUGGCCUCGUGGCAGCAGUACACAAACGAAGCGCUGCUCCAGCGUCACAAUAGUGCGGAAGAUCAUGUGCUGGGCGACGCGCUGCCAAGAAAACAAGCGAAGCCGAUGACAGUCAAUCGGCAGCUGACUUCUCAUGAAGCGGCACCAGAACAGCACACAAGUGGAGCCAGAGCAUCGUCUUCGACGAAUCCAUCAGGUGCAAUAGCCGGAGGAGCCGGUGUCGAUAGCGCUGCGGCGCCCCCGCCCAGCAAUUUUGACAACCACUACACCGCCUUGCACCGCUCCGACAAUUCUGAAACUCUCGACUGGGAGCAAAUCUCCGGAAAUGCCCACGAGGCGGCCUACGGGUCUCUGAAAGCCACGACUGCAGGAGUGCCUUCAUCCACACAUCAGAGUGACCACCUCCACCGAGUGUUGCAGCCCGUGUUGCAGCAGGCGGUCCCCGCCACCCAGAACGACCCCAACGGCCCCACGUCUACCACAACCACGACAACCACGCGCGAGACCACGACGACGACGACCAUCCCCGUUUUCGAUUUGUCGACGCCGGAGCCCACCACCCCCCAGCCCCUCCACUUUUCCAACAUAAUUUACCCGAACCGCUUCGAGUGCCGCUCCGUGUCCUGCUCGCUGUACGACCGCUACGUGGUGUACGACAACAAGACGGAGCCGGACAAAACGAAGCACUGCCGCGACAUCCUGACCGACGAGCUGCGCCGGUUCUGGCUGGAGAUGUCGCCGGACGAGGUCUACCGCGCCUUUCCCAGCACGCCCAGCGUGGCCAAGGUGAAGGUCGCGGUCUGCAGCAUGUACGAAAACAUCUUCAACCGCAUCCGCCCCUUCGGGGACAACCGGGUCUACAAAAACUGCGAGCAGUGGACCUACUUCAAUUCCACCCUGUGCAUGGAGGAGUACCGGGACGUGCGCUCCUUUACGGAGUGCUUCUGGAAGGGCAAGGUCUUCUGGCCCGAAAGCGAGAGCAUCCAGUCCUACAUCGACUUGCGAGGCAGUCCGCAGGGAAGAAACGUCUUUGAUUGGUAUCGAAAUCUUAAAAGAAUGCGCGGUGUGGUGAUGAAUUGUUUGUCGUAAGUAGAACCCCUCCCUUUGCUUUAGUUCCGUCUCGUCUGAAAACACUCGUAUGCAUGUGAACUUCAUCGGAUUAGGUGAAUUUGUUGCGGCGUUUAUCUAUCGUUCUUCUACUUCUAUACAACCUUCACAGGUUGACAGUGUGGAAGCGGCACAUGUUGAGCACGGACAUGAAGCGGGCCGUCCGCUUUGACUCCCUGCAAACGUUCCGGGUGCUCUGCAACUGGAUGUACGAGCUGGGAGACCCGAUCCGCAAGGGAUUCUGGAUCAACAGCGCCGACGCGCUGUACGUGCCCCCGGACGCCUGCUAUGACGAUGGGGAAUUCCCGACGAAUAUCGACCAGUGCCAGAUCCUGCUUGCCAGCAAUCCCUACGACGUCUGCCCCUGGCGAGAGGCCACGGACGGCCAGGACAAGGUGAAGUGCUUCGAUGACAGCGUUGGCUACAUCGACACGGAUGGGCACGGAUUCUGCUUCGGCAGAAGAUACGGCAAAAUGAAGUGCGAGGCACGGGUAUAAUGGGAGACAUUCGUCCUCGUUCAUCUCUUCUACUUCUAGAAAGAUCUCUGCAUGAAGCUCUACCUUGUCAUCUCUCACUUGCUUCUAGUACUUUUUUUCCGCAAAUUUGAAGUUCAGAGCAGUAGAAGACAGACACUCCCAAAAUAAAAGUAGUUACGCCUCGUCCUCUGUGCUGUCUGUCCAUUGUCUGGUGUGCAAACUUUGUCUUGAAACUCUCAGGCGCCCGUUAUGUGCCGCAAGGCUUACGACUGCGACGGGCAGACUGACCACUGCUGCGUGUCGCAGAUGGAGCAAUGUGAUCCGGACCGGCUUCCGCGACUCUGUUGCCCGAGCAUCGACGACCUUCUGCAGGAGCACAUCGGCGAGAUUCCGCUGCGCCGGCGUCCAAGCUAUUACGAGGAGCGCAUCGCGGGGCAAUUGACCACCAUGCCGGGCAGUGCCGACACCACGAGGGUUACCACCACCACACCCGCGACCGCCAUCGACGCCAUGCAGCACCUGCCCAACAUGGUUCUGGUCGGCAGCAUCUUGGCGAUUCUCGGGAUGGCCAUGCUGGUCCGGGUCGGGUGGCGGAAUAACUGGGGCACUUAUUUGAAAGUGAACUUCGCAUUGUCGGACAAAGUGGCGAACCGCAUUCACGUGAUGAAGAACAACGAGAAAACCAUCCACGCCAGCGGGCAACUCGGCCGCCACUACGAGCAGUACGACAAAAUUGACGAGGGCGAGGCGAGGAAGCACAAGCCCAUGACCUACCGCGCCGGGGGCGGUUCCACGGCGCGUGGCGGGGCGACGAGCGCCAAGGGCGGCGGCGGCGGGGCGGGCGCAGCCGCCGGAAGCAUGUUUGAUGCCUUCAACGCACAGACGGACCUCGACCGGGAACGCAUCGCCGAGGUAGAAAGCCGCCUCCGCGUGGAGGAAGACGCGGACGCGCUCGCGGAAGCCGUGCAGGAAGCGAAAAAACUGAAGGCAGACCUGCAGGUCAUUCGCCUGGGAGAGGACCGCUUGACCAAAAUGCAAAUGACCGAGGUAUUACUACAACCUAAGCUUCUAUCUAAAUGAUCACGUUCACGGAUUUUAUUGUAAGUCUGAGUGCAGAAUUAGAAUUGCCGAUCAACACGGCUGAGAGGUCCACGUACAAAAAAUUACUGGACGUCGUCACGACGUCCCUUCCUCACACUACUUGAUACCAUGCAUUACAGCUUUUAAACGAGCUGGAGGAGGCGGAGAGAGCGGUGAAGCUGGAUUAUCCGAGCGAGCGGCGGCUGCAGAUCGCGGAGAACCUGUACCGGCAGACCAUUAUGCGCACGGACCUGUCCAUCGCGAUCCAGGACCGCGCGGCCAAACUCCGGCAGGAACUGCUGACCAACAUCAACCUGCCCGCGGACCGCAUCAUGUUGGACGAAAAGGCGGGGAUGAUGCGCGUGCUGGCGCCCGGCACGCACCGCCUGCCCCACGAGCGUGCGGAGGUGUACGCCAGCGCGGUCGGAGAGCCGGCAGAGGUGCUGAUGAACCUCCAGGGCACCAGUGGGCCGUGUUGUGCGUUCUUCGUGCAGAAGGGCGAGUGUCCGUUCGGGAAAGACUGCGCAUUUCGUCACGUCAUGCCCGGACCAAGAGACACCAUCCGCGAGCCCUGUGACACGCGAGCGGUGAAAGAAUCGCAAAAGUCGCUCAUCCGGCAGGGGAGAUUCGGGAAGGGAACUACAUGAUUAUAGCGGAAAGGAAGGUGCUGCGAGUAGUACAGCACCGGCGAAGCAAUUGCUUUCACCUUAUUUUCAAAAUCGCUCAAGCUUUGAAAACGAAAACAAACUUCAGCUGCAGUUUUUCGCAGCUUUGUAGUUUACCUGUUCGCCGUAUUGAUGUUCUUUUUUCGUACAACACGGAUUUUCCAUGCAGCAUUAGAUGUUGAUGAACAGACUUCUACUUGGACGUAAACGAAAGACCGCUUCGCUGUUGCCCCCAGUAGCGGCCGCUUCUCGUCACCAUGCUUUAUCUAUGUUCAGCUUCGCCAACUUGGCCCUGUUAGAGGUGGUCUUUUAUUGCCAGCACGCCGAGUGGUUUAAACAAGAUUCAAACUACUACGCGCGGAACGAGACCGAUGAAUGAGCGACAGUUACAACAUGAUGUUCGUUUCCAAUUUAGAAUCAAAACGGAAGCUGCAAACGAUGAAAAAUGAAGAUGAGCUCUUACUUUGG